GCGCACGCUGCAGCUGAGAUAACUCGCAACCUGCAAUCGCCAACGCGCGCCAGAGGCUCUCUCUCCCUUCGCCGGUACGGUACCUGCUCCUUUUUGCUUCUCGGGGAGGGCUCGAAGCCGGCGCGCCUUCUGGUGGGGGACAGACAACGCGUGAAUCAUCCCCGCUAGCAGAGCUUAGUCAGGGCGGGUGGUUGGAGAAGCCGCCGGAAAGACGAGCUCUCUUCCUUUCUUGUGUCUCUCCGAAAUCUGGAAGUGAAGCUCAGGGAGGGAGGCGGAAGGAAGCGCCCUGCUGCCCUCGUUUCGGGGAGCAAGAGACUCGACCCGCGCCCCCUAGGCAGAGGCAGCUAGGGAGAAGGCUCGCAACCCCUUCCCAGCGCGCGGCUGAUGUGCACGAAGAUGGAGCAGCCUUUCUACCCUGACUCCUUUCUCUCCGGCUACGGGCAGGACUACAAGACGUUGAAGUCGGGCAUGGCUCUGAACCUGUCCGCAGAGCCCUUCCGCGGCCUGAAGUCCCAGCUCCCGCAUCACCUCCGCGCCCAAGAGGACGGCCCCGCCGGGUACUUCCCGGGCUCUCUGGCGCAGCAACAGGCAGACACCGGGAGCUCGUCGCUCAAACUAGCCGCCCCGGAGUUGGAGCGCCUGAUCGUCCAGAACAGCAACGGGGUGAUCACCACCACCCCGACGCCGCCGGGCCAGUACUACUACCCGCGCGGGGCCACCGAGGAGCAGGAAGGCUUCGCCGACGGCUUCGUCAAGGCGCUGGACGACCUGCACAAGAUGAACCACAUGCCGCCGCCCAAUGUCUCCAUCGGAGCGGUGGCGGCGGCAGCAGCGGCGGCGGCGGCGGCGGCCUCGUCGGCCAGCAGCGGCUACGCGGCCUCCCUCCCGCAGGAGCCGCCUCCCGUCUACACCAACCUGACCAGCUACAACCCCUCGGCCACGCUGAGCACCACGUCCAGCUACCCCAGCGCCAACCUCAGCUACAUGCCGCAGCCGCACGGCCUGGCCUUGCCGCACCCUUCGCGAGGCUUCAAAGAGGAGCCCCAGACGGUGCCGGAUAUGCAGAGCCCGCCAGUGUCUCCCAUCAACAUGGAAGAUCAGGAGCGCAUCAAGGUGGAGCGGAAGCGGCUGCGCAACCGCCUGGCCGCCACCAAGUGCAGGAAGAGGAAGCUGGAGCGCAUCGCUCGGCUGGAGGACAAGGUGAAGACCUUGAAGAGCGAGAACGCGGGACUGUCCAACACGGCCAGCGCGCUGCGGGACCAGGUAGCGCAGCUCAAGCAGAAAGUCAUGAACCACGUGAACAACGGCUGCCAGCUCCUCUUGACGGCGAAGAUGCAACAGUCCUUCUGAUGGGCGGCAGGGGUAGGGGAUGACCAAGCCGAUCCCUGCCGUCUCAAAGACCUUUUUGGGGGGUGGGGUGGGGAGAAGAGAAAGUGGACUUGUAAUGCAAAAGUUUACACGGAACCGGACUGACGAGCCCAGUUCCCAACUCUUCUGUUCCUGAAGUCCUGUUUUCCAAGUUGUUAUGUCUGUGACUCUCAGUCUGGUGGAUCCAGAACUCCGGUCUGUGCCGAGUGUGUGUAAGAGCUUUUUUAAAAAAUAUCUGUAUGUGAGAGUGAUUUUGUGCGUGAGUGUAUUUAAAACAAAAAACAAAAGCCUAUUUUUCCACCCCUUCUGCUGCGUCGCUGGCUGGUGCAGUGGAACUGGAGGUACUCUGGACAGAGCCAGAAACUGGCCUUCUGAUCUCUUCCUUGUGCCAGUAGAAAAAGGAGAUGAUCGCUUAAUUUAUAAUUGAAACAAAAGGGACCAGAACAGAGGAUGGCAGGGAAGGGAUGAAACCUCAGCACCUCUCUUCCUCCCAGGAUGCCACUGUACGGACAAAAGGGGUCACUGGGGGAAAGGGGAGGGAGAGGAUUGUUUACUACUUGUGCUCUUAAUUUCUUUUGAGUCCUCAAAUUCAGUUUUUUUUUCCUUCAAAAGAUUGUAUUUGUGUUUUUGACUUUUUAUUGAAGCUAUUUAAGUAAACAUGUUCUAACUA